AUGGUACAGGUACUCGAAAACAAAGUGGUGAAGCUGGAGGUGAUGCCAGGAAAGAGUGAGGAGCAAGUCCAAGAAGAGACGAAAGAUCAAGCCCAGUCAACCGCCAAUACCGCUCAAGACAAAGCUCAAUCUGCCUCCAAAAGCGCCCAAGAUUCUGCGUCAAGCACUGCGGGUGCUGCACAGGACAAGGCUCAAGGAGCACAACAGCAAGCCUCCGAGAAAGCUCAGACAUGGUCUGAGUCCGCACAACAAAAGGCGCAAGGAGCACAGGAGCAAGCUGGACAAUACCAGUCCCAAGCAGGGGACUCACUCAAAGGCUACGGCGACACUGCUCAGCAGACUGGGGAGGGCUACGUGCAAUCCGGUGCCGAUGCCGCCAACAACGCUUCGAAGAGCUACUUGCCUGAGAGUGCUCAGUCGUAUGCUGGAUCUGCUGUCGGCUAUACGAGCAACUUCGCUACUGGGACGGUAGGCGCUGUUGGAGGUGGUGUAAAAGAUGUGGGUGAUACUGUCGCCAACGCCGGUUAUGAGACUGUGUCUGGCGUCGGAAAGGCUGGGUACAACGUCGGUGGGAACCUUGGGAACGCUGUGAUGGGAAAGAAGAGCGAGGAGACGUCGACUGAACAGAAAGAUGCGAGUGGUAGCACAUCAUGA